UGAGGAAAUCGAAAUUCUCCACAUGCAUCUGAAACAUUUCCCUAAAUCCGAAUCUGUGUUCGAUCUUCAAUUCUUUAAGAUAUUACUAAAAUAUUCAUUAUGUUCCCUCCUCUUUAUCCACUCUCUUGAUUUUCCGCAGGUUGGUUUUUCAUCGUCUGAAUCGACGAGUUCGUUCAGCAACAUAAGCAGCACUGCAGAACUCCCUCCAUCCGCCAUUUUGUUUUUCAGGAAUGAAUGAAAUCUUUAUCGUUCGAAUGUUUUUAAAAGCAGCCCUACAAACCUAAAAUUUUGCUUCAUUCAACAUGCAUUUUUUCAUCCAACAUUUCAUCCAACAUAGGAAAAAAGUGUUGGUUUGCCCCCGCCUUUAAUGUAUAUUUUAUUUUUGUUUAUGGGCAAUCAUCGCCACGUAUGGAAUCUGAAAUCUGCAACGACGACGCCAUUUUCAGCAGGAAAAAAUUGUUUGUUGCUUAUUCUUCGCGUAUUGCCUCUCAACCCUCUGGCGCGCUUGUUUAACCCACACAUCCCAAAGGAGAAAGUAAACAUCUUUCGAACGCAAAAACAUUCGAAUUGAAAGGCAUUAGGCGCAUUAAACGUUAACAUUUCGAAAAAUGUUGACAAUAUAAACAAACGUGGUAAAGUUAACAUUGGAAAAGGAAAGUUUGGUGUCGUACUUGUGUGAGAAACAUGGAGGGAAAUAGUAAAGACAUGGUUGACUGUAAUGUCUCAAUUUCACAGAUGUCUGAAUUAAUUUGUGAACAUAAACCCAACGAGUUACAAAAGACUAAAAAUAUUAAAACAAAGAAGAUUUCGUCAAAAAGAAAGAGGAACGAAGAACACGCUAUUUUAAAACAAAAAAAGAAAAAGCUGGACGAAGAAAUCGAAAAAGUGCAGCAUAACAUAAUCGAACUUAAAAGUAUCUUUCAUGAAUUUGUUACGCAUGCGGCUACUUGUCCUUCAUGUGGAAGUCUAAAAAUCAGAUUUGAAUGAAUCCAACCUGCAAAGCACCUUGACGGAUCAAACAUUGUACAAACCGGCUUAAUACGUGGCAGAGUUAUUGUUUGUAUUCCCUCAUUCUUUUUUUUGACAUUUUAUUCCCAAUCAAAGAUUGAGGAAUUACGCUUUUUUGUUUGUUAGAACUCCUUUCUUAAUUUUCCUUAAACAGGGUGCCUCUUCUACAAGAGCAACUGUGAACAAGGUAAUAACCCUGGGGACAAAGUUUAUUUACUGUAAAAAAGAUGUCCCCUUACGGAUGAACACUACGGCCUCCCUUUUGCAUAUAUGGACAUUUUUUGGCUGAGCCUCCACCACGCACUCCCGUUUUCUAUGAACAAUUCUAAAACAGAGUGAGUGUGCGACGCAUUCGUUCUUUUUCAAAUCAAAAUUUUCCAGA